GUUCUGUCGAGCCAGCGCCAUUUUUUCAAUGCGAGACUCGGCCUGCAUAAAUUAUGUUCAUGACGUAGUGCAAAAGAGCAAAUUUGUGUUAAUUUUUCGGCACUUUUCUACAGAUAAGGGGUUACCUUGGCUAUUAAGGUGCACUUGCUCCACCGGCACGACAGUUUGCGGAAAGACGCCAUUAAACAUUUAGUUGAAAAGAAGCCCAGACUGCUUCCCCGAGCCUCCUUAUCAAUGCAAAUAGCUCUUUUGUGUGCAUUCGCAGCGCGCGUCGGAAGCUGUGAGAUGAAUUUUUAAUUAUGCAUAUUUAAAAACAAACUGUGGCAAAGCUCGCCGAAGGAGGAGAAAAUAAAGAAAAUAGUCCACCUUUCAGCGGGUGACGCUUUGGAGCUGCUAACAUCUCCUUCGACAACUAUGCAGAAACAUCAGUGAUCUUCUCAGAGCUUAGACUUCAUCAUCAUGGACACUGAGGAUCUCCCUGCAAACAAUGCACCUCUCACUGUCAACGAGCAGCCAUUCACUGUCUGACUGCAGAAGUGUUUUCUCAGCUUUUAGGUUCCUGCACUUUGAAAUUCCCAGCACAAGACGCGCAGGUCAUUGUCAUGUCAGGCCAGGAGACCAUCCGUGUGCUGGAGGUGGAGGUGGACACGGCCUUAUCUUCUGCAGGGGCUGCAGAGUCUGGGGGUGAUGAAGAAGGCUCUGGUCAGAGCCUGGAAGCAACAGAAGAGGCUCAACUGGACGGUCCAGUAACCACAAGCUCUACCACAGCUGUGACUGUGGAGGUUUCAGCACCUGUAGUGCAGACUGUGGUCUCCAAAGCUGCCAUCAGUGUGUCUCCAGCUCAGCAGACCAGCGUUCCCAUUACUGUUCAGGCUUGCCCACAGGUCCUGACUCAGGAUGGUCUGGCGUCUCUGAUGACUGGCAUGCUUGCCCAGCAGAGUUCUCUAGGUCAGCCGCUGCUCAUUCCUCUCAGUAUGGCUGGAUCAGUCGGGGGUCAGGGUGGUCUGGCGGUGCUCACUUUACCCACCGCCACUGUGGCCACUCUCCCCGGUCUCGCUGCUGCCAGUCCUGCUGGAGGCCUGCUGAAGCUGCCGUUUGCUGGACUGCAAGCUGCUACUGUGUUGAACUCUGUGCAGACCCAGCUUCAGGCACCUGCGCAGGCCGUCUUGCAGCCUCAGAUGUCUGCUUUACAGGCUAUGCAGCAGACGCAAACCACAGCGGCCACCACUGCGUCUAUUGUGCAGAAGGCAUCAGAGCCCAGUGUCUCCGUCGCAACACUGCAGACCGCAGGACUCUCCAUCAACCCUGCUAUUAUUAGUGCAGCGUCUUUAGGAGCUCAGCCGCAGUUCAUCAGCUCUCUUACUACGACUCCCAUCAUCACCAGUGCCAUGUCAAACGUGGCAGGUCUCACAAGUCAACUCAUCACCAACGCACAGGGCCAGGUGAUAGGAACUCUUCCUCUGCUGGUCAACCCCGCUUCUUUGGCUGGAGCUGCAGCGGCCUCUGCUUUACCUGCUCAAGGCCUGCAGGUUCAGACCGUUGCUCCACAGCUACUCCUGAACUCGCAGGGACAGAUCAUUGCUACGAUAGGGAACGGUCCAACAGCUGCUAUCCCAUCCACCGCUUCUGUCCUCCCCAAAGCCACCGUUCCCCUGACCCUCACCAAAACCACCACACAGGGUCCUGUUGGGAAAGUGGCCCCAUCCAAAGUGAUCAUUGCUCCCCAACCGUCAGUGGUUAAACCGGUGACCUCACUCACGGCUGCCGGUGUCAUCGCCUGUGGAGAAAUGCCUACCGUCGGGCAGCUUGUCAACAAGCCGUCUGCUGUGAAAGAUGAAGAGGCCAUUAAUCUGGAGGAGAUUCGAGAGUUCGCCAAGAACUUUAAGAUUCGACGGCUCUCUCUGGGUUUGACACAGACUCAAGUGGGCCAAGCUCUGACUGCUACCGAGGGCCCUGCGUACAGUCAGUCAGCCAUCUGCAGGUUUGAGAAGCUGGACAUCACUCCUAAAAGUGCGCAGAAGCUGAAGCCUGUGCUGGAGCGCUGGCUGGCCGAGGCAGAGCUCUGGAACCAGAAAGGUCAGCAGAACUUGAUGGAGUUCGUGGGAGGAGAACCGUCCAAGAAACGCAAACGGAGAACGAGCUUCACGCCACAGGCCAUAGAAGUCCUCAACACUUACUUCGAGAAAAACUCCCUUCCGACGGGCCAGGAGAUUACAGAGAUCGCCAAGGAGCUGAACUACGACCGAGAGGUGGUUCGGGUCUGGUUCUGCAACCGUCGACAGACUCUGAAAAAUACCAGCAAGAUUAACGUGUUUCAAUCCCAGUAGGAACAACGGUGGAUUUUACGGACGUGGAUGUAUUGGUGCUAGCUGCAAAAUGACUCAAUUGCUGUUGUGAUGAAGCCAGCGGUACUCGGAUUGUGUGCAGUCUUCGUAUAGUAUCAGACAUACUCUUUUUGUUGUUUCUUUUGUUUCCGUUAUGCUGCAUGCAGAGUGACGUUUUGCCGUGCCACAACAGUUUUCAAUGAUAAAUGGCUUUCGAACUAUUUAAAGUAAAGACGAUGCUACAAAAUCACGUAGUCGCUGUUUUACGGACAAAAAUAAGCACUUAAUUAAAUAUGUAAAUGAGAAGAACUUCCAAAAUGUUCUCAGUUUUUAUUUUUUGGUAGGAACUAACCGCUUAAAUUGUGACUACGUUUACAUUUAGCUGGUUAUUCAAUAAUUUGACCGGUUUAGGGUUUUUUAAUUCAUAUAAUUUUACUGUAAACUUUACGCUGGUGACUGUACUUUAAUUGCCUGACACAAAUUACUGAUACUCGGAUAUCUCACACUGUUCAAAAAUCCAGGGCAUAUUUAUGAUUUUUUUUUCCAUUUCAGUUUCAGUAAACGCAGCGUUUUUGUGCUUAAUGUAGAUGUGGUUCGUUCAAGUGGACAAUCAUAGUACUCUAAAUCAGAAAGCAUGCCCUGCUUUUAUAUAGUUAAGACAUUUCUAAUUUCCAUCUUGACUGUCAUCAUAUUUUUGUGUGUCAGAAGUAUAUGGUUUCACUUUCAAAUGCAAUUUCAAAGAUUACAUUAAUUGACUUAGAAAAUUAUGGAUUUUACUGUUAGUGUUUUUGCCAUAACCUAUAAGUAGGGCCAGAUGGAAUCUGUGGACAUUUUUUGCUAUUUCUGCUGAGAAUUUUGUAAAAAAUCUGUGGAUUUAUGUGGAAUUAUGUUGGGAGUAUCGUAACUAAUUACUUAAUACAUGAAAUGAAAAAUAAUAGUUUUUUUAACAUUUAUUUAAUGUUUAAAAUGCAAAUCCAUCUAGAUCCACUUGUUUGGUAAACAAAGCAAGACUCUCAUAUAAUAUAUCUACUAAAAAAACAGAAAUGAUUACUUUAGAAACUGUUUUGUAAAAAAACAAACACAUUCAUAUUAGUCAAUAAGAUUACUGAAAUUAAUUAAAAAAAACUGAAUAAAUAUAAAUUUACACACAUUUACACAAGUAAAUAAAGAGACUUAAUGAUAGGCUGAAAAUCUGCCAAAUUCUGCGCAAGCAGAUUCCAUGUGGGCCUACCUAUAAGCAUAUGGAGAGAUGAAGUGAUACUUGCAUUCACACUUGUAUGGGCACAUCUUUUGGAAAGUUUGUGAGCCGUCAAACAAGUGUUAUUUCUAUCAUAAAUGCAUUGAAUAAAUUUGGACUGCGCUGUCAUUUGUACAAUUUGUGGCAGGAAUAUUCAUCGGUCAUGUAAUCAUUUUCCUAUUUGGUACAACUGUCCAGACAGAAGUGUGUUGUAACAUGUGUUUCACAUGUUUGUCUUAAGCAUAAAGCUAUAUUGUUCUUAUGGACCUUCAGUAUUUAUCUAAUGAAUUCUUAUUGGUACAAUACCAUGCAUUUACAUUUUAACAUUGUGAAGAAGGAAUGGCAUUAGAUAUAGUGUUUUAACAAAUGCUAUUAUUAACGUAGACUAAAUGUGUACAAAAAAUGAAAAGUUCAGCAUUUUAAUGUGUGCAGAAGUUAUCGAUUUUAAAAAGACGCCUAAAUGCAUUUACAAAUUAUAAACGAUGGUACGGUACUCCAUUAACUAUAUUUAUUUUGUAUCAAUUGUACUAUUUGGUAUUAACUUGUCAUUUGAAUAAAUUAACACUAAAGAGUC